UUUCUCUGAUAAUCACGAUUUUAUUAACGACAUUAGUAGAAUAUAUAUAUGUCUAGAGCACUUAGAAAAUGUAUGCAUUAUUAGCGUAACAUUUAGAAAUUAGCAAGUGCGUCAAAGAAGAAAUAUAGAAAAUUUACUUUAUUCAAUAUGAAUAAUUUAAAAAUAACAAUAAUAGCAUUAUUUUUAUUAAAUGCCGUAUUUCUGGUUAUUUCCCAUCAGUUGGAGACUGAUCGGGUGUCCGAGGAAAGGAAUAAAAUAUUUAGCGACCAUGGCUGCAAAGAAGGAGAAUGUGAAAUUAUUGAAAUAGAAUUACCGCGCAGGCACAAACGAUCGGCUGACUCAACAAUUAAUCUUCCAAUGAAAGCAUUUGGUCGACAAAUUAAUUUAAAUCUUCGUCAAUCUGAUAAUAAAGUUUUAUUUGGACCAAAUACUCCAGUUUAUAUUGCGCAAUCAAGUACAAAUAUUAAAAAAAAAUUAUUCGGAGAAUUUAGUUCACGAAUGCGCUCAAAACUUUAUGAAGACGAACAACAUUUAGCAGCAUUCACUUUAGAUGAUUCCGAGGACGGGUCAUUUCAAAUAAAAUCCGGAUACAUUGGCUCCGAAAAUUUAAAAAUUGACCGAUUACAUCGUUAUUCUAAUAGUUCCCAACGACAGCCUUAUUUAGCUAAACUUACGUUCGGCGACUUAUUAAGUUUUGUAGGUGACACUAUAGGAAUACGCAUAAGAUUUCAAAAUCCAAGCAGACCAGAAAUUCCGAUCCCUGACAUAAUUUAUCCCGAAAUAUUAAUAGUUGUUGACUAUGCUCUUUUUCAACAAUAUGGUCAAUCAUCGUUGCCACACGUUGUUGAAUUUUGGCACCAAGUUGAUAUGAUAUAUCGUCAAAUUCAAAAUCCUGAGUACCGAUUGAAUAUCGCUGGCAUUGUAGUUCCUCAGGAUGAACAAGUUUUUAGUUUUUUAAAUUCGAGAAUGAACUAUGAGUCGGCUUUAGAUAAAAUGUCCUCAUGGUUGAAAAAAGCUAGCAAUUCAAUUCCAUAUAGUACUUAUGACGUUCAUAUGGCUAUGACUGUCCACUAUGAUCAUGAAUUAUGGAUUCAAACGUCAACUGCUGGAGUGACAACAACACCAAGUGCUUGUUCUGGUACACUUUAUGGAAUUCCAUUCGGAGGAAUCACUAGUGAUAGGGGAAAUAAAGCACAAAAUCAUCUCGUUGCUGCUCAUGAGUUAGGUCAUGCAUUGGGUGCAAAUCAUGAUACGUGGGGUGAUCCUUCAGAUCUUAUAAUGGCAUCUGCAGCAAGUCCAAAUUCACAAAGUAUAUGGUCACGAAGAUCAAUUCAGGAACUACACGAUACUUUAAAAGUAAGAGAUUUUUCCUGCAUGUAUAAUAAACCUGAUGUGGGUUACGAUAGUAAAUAUCCACCAGCUGGUAAUGGGUACUCAGAACCUACAGAUAAUAGUGAUAGUAAUGACGAUGAGUAUAGUAAUGAUGAUAAGUAUAGUAAUGAUAAUGAGUAUAGUAUUCAUGAAACUUUUACAUCGACCAAUGACGAUAAUAUAUUAGUAUUUGAUUUAAGCGAAUUUGCACCCGAUAAAAAAAUAGCUGUUUUUUAUCAACUGAACAUAUUAGUGAUAACUCAAUGGAAUAUGGAGAAAGUGCCGAGAUCGUGGUCUCGAAACCAAGAAAAAAGUGAUUUACGAAAACGUGAACCUGAUACUAAGAGAAUAAUAUUGAAUCCCGCUACUAUAAAUCCAUCCAAACCGAUACACUUUACGCAUGACAAGGGAUACAUUUACAUUUAUCAGAUGGCUGACACUUCAAGCUAUGAAAAUGUUGAAUCUACUAGACAUAAAUUAGACCCAACAAAUAAACCCGAUUUACACAUUUCGACUAAGAUUACGAAUAAAAUUUUCGUGAAGAGAAGUGAUUUCAAUCUUAAUAAAAUGGUUAAUGUAUUUGUUAAAAACCAAAGAUUGUAUGUGUCCCAGAGUAAUGCACCGAAAAAUGAUAACUUAAAACUGACUGCAUUCCCUAAGAUACAAUAUUGUCAAAAUGCUAAUCAACCGAUUACACUUAAUCCAUUACUGCUAAAUCCUGAUAAAGAAUUUGAAAUAGUGUGUUCAUUUAAUAUAAUAUGUAUUGUAGAACAAUCGGAUACUUAUUCACGUUUUAGUAAAGAUGACUUUGAAAAUUUAAUGCAUGAAGCCAAUAAUGAAACAUUUGUAACUGAAACCGCUACUAGGGUGCCUGUACCUGACAUAUUGGGGACAACUCCUAAAUCUGAUCUGAAAUCACCUGUAACUGAUUUCAACAUUGCAGUAGAAUCAGAAGUUUUGAUUGCGAUAUUUCCUUACGAAUUUAAUCUUGACAAAUUGGUAUUGAUAUCAUUUGAGAAUGGGAGAUUGAAAGUGACACAAAUAGGCGCGCCUGAGGAAACAAACCCUAAUUUAUUGGACGGGUUGGAUAUUUUACACACAGUAACGUCAGAUAAAAACAAAUUAUUAUUACAUCCGGCUCGUAUUCCUUCUCAAGAUGAAAUAAAAAUGAUCCACCGUAAUAAUGACAUAUAUAUUUGGACAAAGUCUAAUCAGGAACCAGAUAUUAAUGUUGAUAACCCUGACCUUCUUCAAGUAAUUCGACCGGAAAUGGAUUUCAAUAACACUCCAGACAUUGUCAGUAUGACUGAUGAAAUUGGUAAAGGUAAUGAAUUUAAUCCAGAAGAAAAUAGACCUGAGCGACCUGUUCCUGAUAAUGGAUCACCAGAAUCGCAUGAUGAAGUGAUUCUUAAACCUGAUCAUCAAAAACCGGAAUCCGAUCAUAAACCGAGUGAAAUUAAUAAUUCAACAAUUGAAGAUUUUAGUAAAUUUUUUGAAGAUUCAUUGCCUAUAGUACUCACUUCAAAUAAGUUUAAUCCAAAUAAAUUGGUCGUAAUUUCUCAUAAAAAUCAUAAAAUAAAUGUUUAUCAAGUUGAACGAAAUGGUAAUAAUGCUGAUUUAAAUGCAGGUUAUGUUGAUUUACAUCACUCUUUUUCUGAUAAAACGACAUUAACAUUUGAUCCACUUAUGAUUGAUCCUAAAAAAAUCAUCAUCAUCAAUUAUAUUGAUAACAAAAUCCAUGUUAAUUCUGCUCCAUUGUAAAAUGUUAUUGUCGUAUUCUGUUGUUAUCAAAUAAAAAAUAUGAUAUUUAGAAGUUGUUAAUUAUCGUAAUAAUUGUUGUUAAUCUAAAGUAAAAUGCAGUUACUAAUCAUUAAUCUUAAUGGAUCUUAAUGGCAUAUGUUUUAGAUCUGCUUAAAAUUAUUUUUAUGUUUUGGGAAAAACCCACCAUUUGAUAUUUUUUGUAUGAUAACAUUUCAAUUGACGUAAAAAUCACAUUACAGAGCAUUACUAAUUGUAUGAGAUAAUUGUCGUUAUCAUAUAUAUUUUUAACAGACAAUAAAUAUAUCUAUGAGCUCAUAGAAAUCAAUAAAAAAAUUUUA